AUGACCGAAGAAGGAACAAAUGAUGGUCGUCAACUUAUUAAACGAGAAGCACGUAAAGGAGACGUUAUUUCUUGUCAUCGAGCUGUUUUGACUUUAUCGAAAAGCAUGUUCAACGCUGGUUGUUUCUCGUUGCCUUAUGCAUGGAAGCUUGGUGGGCUUUGGGUAUCUUUUGUUUUAAGUUUUUUAAUUGCUGGUUUUAAUUGGUACGGCAAUCACAUAUUGGUUAAAUCAUCGCAACAUUUAGCGAAAAAAUCCGAGCGAACAGCUCUCGAUUAUGGCCAUUUCACGAAGAAAGUCUGCGAUUAUAGCGAAAUUCGAUUCUUACGCAAUAAUAGUAAGGCUAUUAUGUAUGCUGUAAAUAUCACAAUAUUAUUUUAUCAGUUAGGAAUGUGCAGUGUUGCUAUUUUAUUUAUUGCUGAUAAUAUGUAUCACUUGCUUGAAGGAUAUAUAUCCGGUGGAACAAAAACGACCGCAUUGAUCACCAUAGUAAUUAUUCUGAUAACGAAUAUGUUUACGGAAAUGCGUAUUAUCAGCCUUUUUGCUGUUAUCUCAUCCAUAUUUUUUUUACUUGGUACAUUGGUUAUAAUGCAGUUUUCAAUUAGGCAACCUAGCAAGUGGAGUAGUUUACCAGCAUCAACUAAUUUUACCGGUGCUAUUAUGUUUAUUGGAAUGGCUAUGUAUUCGUUUGAAGGUCAAACUAUGAUAUUACCGGUUGAAAAUAAAUUGGAGAAUCCCGAAGAUUUUUUAAGCAACUUUGGUGUAUUACCGACUACAAUGAUGAUUUGCUCAGUAUUUAUGACUGCAAUUGGUUUUUAUGGAUAUACUGCUUUUGGCGACGAUACAAAGCCAACUAUAACUAUGAAUGUUCCAAGAAAUGGUUUAUAUUCAACCAUCAAUGUCUUCCUAAUGCUUCAAUCAAUGCUUGGCCAUUCAAUUGCAAUGUAUGUUGUCAUUGAUAUGUUUUUUAACGGGUUUUCUAGAAAGUUUAUGAAUCGUUUUCCGAAUGUUCCAAAGAUUGCUAUUGACAAAGGCUUCAGGGUAUUUUGGGUAAUGGUAACAUUUGUGAUGGCGACAAGUAUUCCACAUUUGGAGAUUAUGAUUCCACUGGUUGGAACGACGAGCGGUGCAUUAUGUGCUCUCGUGUAUCCGCCAUUAUUUGAAAUGAUUACGUUUUGGACCGACUGGAAGGUGGAAUGGCUCGGCUGCUCUCAUCCUGGAGCACCAAUAUUGGAGUUCCAUUUUUACGUUGAUGGAAGUAUGAGUAAAUUUGUCUUUCAAAAAUCCGGCGUCAUGCUGGCAACUCAUCUACACUUCUAUCGAUAA